UCAGAUCUUUAUAGCAGAACACUGCAAUUCGGGUUUUGCCGUGAAGCUCCAGGAAUGUUUCAUGGACUACAAGACUUUUCCUAACUCUCCAUCAACAUGGAGGUGAGGAGAUUACCUCAAUUUAUUUACAUUUUGGGAUGAACAGGGCUGAUGAUCUCCAUCUGCAUUUAUAAUCACAACAUGCUGCUGAAAACUGUGCAGAAAGCCGGAGAGAGGAGCUGCAAUGAUUAAACUACAGUUCAGUUAACACAGGAAAUGAAGAUGGUCGUGUAACGAGCAGCAGCAGCACCACAGAGACACACAGAGAGCGUCUGCAAACAGACAUGACAACCAUGAAAGACCUGACGAGAGUCCUGCUGCUCACCUGUCUGCUUCCAACAGGUCUGAGUGUAAAGAAGCAGUCAGUGUUUGUGUACAGCAGACUUGGAGGUGUCACCCUGCUGCCCUGCACCGGCCUGCCCUCAAACCCAGACUGCUCCCUCAUCUCCUGGACCUUCUUCAAGGGCGGCCAUGUCCGGUACACCGAGGAGGUGAGCGGGGGGGAGGUGAGGAUGGACUCAGACAAAUCCAGCCGCCUGUCCAUCACGUCCAACUGCUCUCUCACAAUCCGUGACCUCCUGGUCGACGACGCCGGCUCCUACGUCUGUCUGCAGGGUGUCAACUCUGUGACUGACGUUUACCUCUCCAUCCUCACCAUCACCUCUCAGUCCACCAUCAGUGACCUGCAGCCUGGAGGAAACCUCACCCUUAACUGCAUCCUGUUCACCUACUACGAUGUCGGCAGCUGCAGGUCGUACUCCAGCAUGUUCAACCUCAGCUGGGCGGCUGCAGACGGGACGCUGCUGCAGCCUGAAGACAACAGGUACGAGCUGAUUGGUCGCUCUCGCUGCAGCAUCACCCUGGUGACACACCUGCAGAGGGGAGACAACAACAGGGCGUGGAGGUGUCAGGUGACCACCAAGGGAAACAUCCGGGCGGCGUUUCAAGACUUCACAUCCAGGUUUUUGUUUGAAGAUGCUCCCACCGCUCUGGUUCCUUCAGCUGACGUCAGCUGUCCCGUCCACCUGCCCAUCAGCCGCAUCACGCUCUGUGUGGCUCUGCCCAUCAUGGUCAUCAUCGUGGGCGUCUGCACAAAGAGGGGAGACCGUAGGAGGGCCAAAACAUCUGCAGCCGGCAUCGAGCUCCAGGAAGUUCACUGCUGAUCAGCUGACUGUUGGUCACUGUGUCUGUUCCCGUCAUGCAUCAGCUGUUCUCUGCUCUUUGAAAUGAACCAUGAAGGUGAAAAACAAGAGAAACAAACUCCUGUCCAAGAUUUUGGUCAAAGAAUAGGACAACAAAUACAGACAGCAUUUUUAAUGGAGUUUGAAAUGUGCAGAUGGGACAUUUUGUAAAAUGUAGUCUAUAGGGAAUUUCACACAGACUGGAAAAAUUAGAAGAAAACAGAAAACAGAGGUGAAGUAGAGAUUUAAUUUAUUCAAUUUGUGCAAUUUCAUCAGCAACAUGAUUCCAGUUGUGAGUAAAUCUCUCAACAUUUUAUUUGUUUUGUGUUUUUUGGCACCAGAAAAAGAAAUAAACAGACCAGUGUCAUGUUGUGAUGUGAAAAGUUUUUAGUUAACAGUUAGUUUCAUGUCAUUACACCAUAAAAAAACUUAUGGCAAGUGACUGGAUUUACUGUUUUGUUUUUUUUUCACUGUCGAGCCUGAAAUGUUCAUAUUAUAACAAGGUGAAUAGUGUUGUGUCAUAACAGACAAAACUUCUUCUUAUAAUGUGACAAGUUUGUACUCAGUAUAACAUGAAAACAUCUUUUAAGAUCUUGUUAUAUCAAUAAACAUUUUUCUUUUUCUGGUGUGGCAGCAAUAGACUUCCCGAUCAAACAGCUCUCCUCUGUGUAUUGUCUGCUUGAAAUAUCUUUAAGAAAUAUUCAACUCUAUGCAACAGAAUUGCCAGCAGUUGUGUUAGUAAUUUUAAUAUUCACCGGUUAAAACUAGGAACGAAAAUGAAACUUCUCUCCUCCAUUAUUGGUUUAAAAAAGAAGGAAACUUUAACCUUAGAAUUAAACCCUCUGACAUGCUGUUAGAAUCAGGUUUGGUUUGGUUUUGUUUGUACAUCUGGAUGAUCUGUAUUCUCAUAAACAGUCUGUAAAAUCUACAGUUUUUAUUUUUAAAACAUACUUGUUGUUUCAUGAGUUUCACUGCUUUACAAUACUGACAGUAACUGAGCUGACACAACUACUCCGGACACUAUUUUAAUAACUGAUUACUUGUUCAUAUACUUUUUUUUCUUGAUAACCACCAACCAAUAUCUGGCUGCAGCUUCUCAAAUGUGAAGAUUUGCCACUUUUCUAUUUUACUGAAGUAUCUUGGGGCUUUGGACUGCUGGUUGAACAAAAUAAACCUCCGGGUCUGUCCGGGAACCUGGAAUGGAAUAUUUUUCACUUUUUAAUGAUAUUUCUUGACCAAACAACUAAUCAGUUAAUCCUUAUAUGGACUCCAGCACAAAAAAUAGCCAAUUUGUAAUACUGAGAGGCCCAUUUGUGCAUGGAAAGAAUAAUUAGUUGCUGUAAUUUCCUCUUCUUGACUGAUUUCAGUGACAAAAUCCACACAAUGAAGAAAAAAACACAUGAUUUAAAUCC